CCGCUAAGCGGAGGCCGGAAGUGUUGUUUGCAGCGUCUCUGGGAGUGGAAGGGAGUUGGUAGCGGCAGUCAGGGAAGCGAGGAGUUCCCUGAAGCGCUCGGGUUCUCGCGGCUGAGCAGGGAUUUAACCGCCACCAUGUCGAGCAAAAGAGCAAAGACCAAGACCACCAAGAAGCGCCCCCAACGCGCAACCUCCAAUGUGUUUGCCAUGUUUGACCAGUCACAGAUUCAGGAGUUCAAGGAGGCCUUCAACAUGAUCGAUCAGAACAGAGAUGGUUUCAUCGACAAGGAAGACUUGCAUGAUAUGCUUGCCUCCCUGGGGAAAAAUCCAACUGAUGAGUAUCUGGACGCCAUGAUGAAUGAGGCUCCAGGUCCCAUAAAUUUUACCAUGUUUCUCACGAUGUUUGGUGAAAAGUUAAAUGGCACCGAUCCAGAAGAUGUCAUCAGAAACGCUUUUGCUUGCUUUGAUGAAGAAGCAACUGGCACCAUUCAGGAGGAUUACCUGCGAGAGCUGCUGACCACGAUGGGAGAUCGGUUUACGGAUGAGGAAGUGGACGAGCUGUACAGAGAAGCACCUAUUGACAAAAAGGGGAAUUUCAAUUACAUUGAGUUCACGCGCAUCCUUAAACAUGGAGCGAAAGACAAAGAUGACUGAAAAGAACUUCAAAUUCCAGCCAAACUUUCCUUGUUGCUACUUUGGGUAUUUCUGAGACUUUCUCUUAGAGCCUAUUGCAUGCCCUUAGCUUUACAGCUUUUGCCUUUCUUGUUGUAUUUAUUCUCAACCAUUUGGGGCACAUGCAUCUCUAUAAUCAGACUGGAAAUGGGACUUUUUGUCAUUUUCAGAAUAGAAAAUAGGGUAGUUUAACUUACCCCUACCUUCCCCUCCCCCAUAACUGCAGUCUACAAAGAGUCGAUAUAUUUUUUCAGAGAAGGUUAUUCACUCAAUUUUUUCUGAACCAUAAUUAAACUUUAUGAUAGAAA